UUUCAUGUAUGACAUAUGGUGAUUGAUGCAUACGAUAUUAUUAUAAUUUAAUCUACGGUACCUACCUAGUUACCUAUCUGCGAAGUGUCAAUAAGUGUUUAAUGAAUAAUGCUUGAUUAUUAUUUUUAUUAAAAUGUCUGAAUUACAUAAGAGUUUGGUUUGCUUAUGCGGAAAACAAAAAUCCAAUUUAAAUGAUACCAAUUGGAAGAGACACAUUAGUGCAUGUAAAAUAGUAGUUGAAAGGUCAAAAGUUUCAAAAACUAUAUCAACAUUCUUUGUUAAAAAACGAGACAAUUUGUUUGUUGACGAGGCAUCAACAUCAAGAAAAAGUAAGUAAUGAAUUCAACUUUUAUAAUUUAACAAUUUAAGAUUUUGAACUACUACCUAUACUAUAGUACUAUAGUAGUAUACCUAGUCCAUAAUAUAACUUAAAAUGUGUUUUUUAUGUACCUAGAAGAAAAAAAAGCACACAAUGUGGAUAGAACCAUGAAUAAAAAUUCUAUUGGCGUUCACGUUACAGGAGCUGAAGGUAAGGCUAAUUAUUUUUAAAUAUUGGUUGAUAUUCUGUUGUAUACAUAUAUUUUUUUAAUAUUAAAUGAAAAUGUGCUCGUAACUCAUAAAGAUGUGAAUAUAUUGUGAGGGUUGAUUCCCAUGAGCUAAAAGAUAGUACCUAGGUAUUAUAAUGUAAUAAGUAAUAACUUAUAAGUAAACAAUUAGUGAUUAAUUAUUAAAAUGCUAUUCCUUUAUAAGUUGCAUAAACUAUUAUAAAUUAUAAUUCUGAUUUUGUUAUAUCUUAUAGAGAUUGCAAAUCUAGAACUGCCUAGCCUGGAGGCAAAUGAAUAUGCUGAUGUUAUUCAGGAAGUCUUGAAAGGAGAUGUUGCUGAACUAGAAGGUAAUUAUUUAGUACCUACAUGAUACAAUGUUUGUAAAAAGAUUGUUAUGAAGAUCAUACUACCAAUGAAGUUGAAAAAAAUAUUAACAAUGCUAAAAUAAAUGGUAAUGCUUAUAUUUAUUUAGUAUUUUAAAUUUGCAUUUUGUAUGUACAGUAGGUACAUACGCAUACUUUUAAAAACUGAUACAGGUACUUUUACAACAUUUUAUUAUGGCUUUGAUGAAUAUUUUUUAGAAACAACCAGUGUAUGUAAUGUCAAUAUUGUCAGGGAAAAGGUGUUGAACACUGAUGUUACCAUGAUAGAAGUGCCUGUGUCCAUUGAUUAUGCGUCUAAUAAUAAUGUAAUGAAUGAGACAAAUAUUUCUAGCGAGGAUCACACUACAUACUUGAGACAAGAUUGUAUGACACCAUUCAGUACUGAAACAGAAGGUAUUAUAACAAAUAUUUACAUUUUUUAAAAGAACUAUAAUACAUUUU